AUGGCUAGAUUUGACCUUGCAUUUUCAUCCCUAACUCUUUCUCUUUUGUACAUUGCCGGCACGGCCAUUGCCACCACCACGACAACCUCAAUUGAGGAAGCAUGCAAAGCCACAAGAUAUCCUGCAGUGUGUGUCGAAACUCUCCAAGCCCACGCUACCGAUCCCCAACCAAGCCUACAGGCGUUGGCCGAGACCACAUUGUCCGCAGGCAUAGCCAAGNCGACAACCUCAAUCGAGGAAGCAUGCAAAGCCACAAGAUAUCCUGCUGUGUGUGUCGAAACUCUCCAAGCCCACGCUACCGAUCCCCAACCAAGCCUACAGGCGUUGGCCGAGACCACAUUGUCCGCAGGCAUAGCCAAGAUCAAGCAAGCGAAGACAUUCGUAUAUCCUGCAGUGUGUGUCGAAACUCUCCAAGCCCACGCUACCGAUCCCCAACCAAGCCUACAGGCGUUGGCCGAGACCACAUUGUCCGCAGGCAUAGCCAAGAUCAAGCAAGCGAAGACAUUCGUGUCGCAGAUGACCAACGGCAAAGGCCUGAGUGCCAAUGAGCAUGCAGCUCUAAAGGACUGUUUCGACGGAAUGGGCGAUGGCCUGGACCAACUGACGCAGUCGGUCCCGGAGCUCAGAAAAAUGGGCCAGGACCAAGGUGGAGACUUUUUGUGGCAUAAAAGCAAUGUUCAAACUUGGGUCAGUGCUGCCCUAACAAAUUAUAGUGAUUGUUAUGAAGAUUCUGAUGAGCCCACUGCUUUGAAUGGUUCUAUUAAGAGUGCAAUAAGGGGACAUGUUGAACCUGCUGCACAAGUCAUCAGUAAUGCAUUAGCAUUGGUUAAUCAACUUCAGCAGGGCCACUGA